AUGCGCAGCAAGUUCAAGGACGAGCACCCCUUCGAGAAGCGUAAGGCUGAGGCCGAGCGCAUUCGACAGAAGUACGCUGACCGUAUUCCGGUCAUCUGCGAAAAGGUUGAGAAGAGCGACAUUGCCACCAUCGACAAGAAGAAGUAUCUGGUCCCUGCCGAUUUGACCGUUGGCCAGUUUGUCUACGUCAUCCGCAAGCGAAUCAAGCUGUCUCCCGAGAAGGCCAUCUUCAUCUUCGUCGACGAAGUUCUUCCUCCGACAGCUGCCUUGAUGAGCAGCAUCUACGAAGAGCACAAGGACGAGGACGGCUUCCUCUAUAUCACCUACUCCGGCGAGAACACCUUCGGCGACGCGUAA